AUGGAGGUGGAGGAGGAGGAAAGACGCUCUCCGCACGAUCGUGGGGAUCCCUGUGUUCCCGAGAGCUUCUUUGAUCGCGUAACUCUUGCGUUACGCGACGACCUCGAGCAUGAGCGGAAUAGGCGUCUCCAGAUGGUGGACACUGCCUCGAAGCAUCGAGCUGAGUUUGCCUUUGCUCAGCUUGAGAACGAGAGAUCUCUGACAUCUCUGCGUGACGAGCUAAGGGUAGCUCGUGGGACUGUUGAUCGGUAUCGGGAUGAGAUAGCUGCUCUUCAGACCCUUGUCGAUGCCCGCCAUCGGGAGCACAAGGAUCUCUGCGAGAUGCUUGAGCGCAAGGGCGUUCUUCAUCGGAAGAAGCAGCGUACUGAUGGUACGGCUUAA